AUGGAAAUUUGUUGCAGCUUUACCAAGAGACGUGUAAUCAGAGAUACCAACUAUAAGUAUUAUUAUUCUUUUGGAUCACUUAAAGCACAAGUUCGAGUGAAAGCUCAGUUGGCUGAUUUGUCGCAGUUGGAAAUGAAAUUCCUCUAUGAAGAUGGGGGGACAUGUGAUUCCCACUUUCACCUUUACAACAAGUACAGUGGUGGUCAUUAUGUGACAGGCAUCAGCCUCGACCUCACAGCCUCAUAUGAUCCUUGGGUGGUUGAAGUCAACACUACUUUGGGUUAUGGGAUUUCCGACCUCAUGAUUAAUGUUGGAGCACCUGUCUUGAGUUCACCUUUCCAAGCUCACCUGUCCUAUGAAUUAACCAACACCAUUUUCGAAUUUGAAGCCCAAAUAGGAGUGGCAGAUGGAGAGACAGCUGCAGUGACAUUUUCAGGACAGAGAGAGUCAGGUUGGGAUUCAGUCCAGAGGUCUGGAUCUCUGAUGGUAGACACUCCUUGGACAGAACCACUAAUACUUAAUGUCACAAACUAUCAGGAAUCAGACUUGAUUCAUGUCUCUGUAGAUUUAACUACGGCUAUAGGUGGCAUACAAUCUGUGAGAUCAGACUUUGGGAUUUACUACACAAAGCCUGGAGAGACACUACUUCAGUUUAAUGCAACCCAUGAGCAGCUAGCGAUAGGACUGGAACUAAACAACAAGCAUAGUGGUAAAGGAUACACACAGCAGCUAAAAGGAACUGUGAACGACAUAGAAAUCACUUAUGCUCUGGAGACAGAGUGGGAUCACAGCCUUAUACCAGAGACGGCAGAUGGGCAGAUUGCUAUUAGCAACUUGCUUGAUCACAACCUGAAUCUGACAGUCUCACACAACAGAAACUCCAGCACAUUUGCAACGAAGAUAUUUGGAUCCUGGGGAGACCAGUUACUUAAAGCAAGUCAUAUAUUAGAAUUUCAAAACCAAUUAGACUGGUCCAGUUUAUUAGAUGUUGUUCUUCCCAGCAAAGAAGAAAUCAAAUCUGAGUUGUCUCUGUCUGCAGCUGACUUUACUACAUUCCAAUCAAAUCUUAACUUCACCUCACCAUGGACAGAUGAUAUAGUGACUGUGGUUACAGCAGUGCCCAAUGAUUCUUCUAUUACCUAUGAACUUACCAGCAUUCACAGAGAUUCUGUCCUUUCAAGAGCCUCUCUGAGAAGUAAUAGAGUAUUUGGUUGGGAUCAUUCUGAUUUUAAGCUAGAAGUGUCGUCAUCUUACCUUGAGAACUGUUCCAUUGCUUGGGAACAUGGAAUGGAUUAUGGCAGUUUAGUAUCUAUGGAAGUGACUUAUGGUUCUGACUUUUUGAUUCAAGCAACGAGUAACCUCACAUUCAACCAAGGGUGGUUUAGCCAAGAAUUUUCAGAGUAUUUGUUACUAGCUGAAGUUAGAGCUCCAGAACAAGGGAUUAACUUUAAAACCAACUUAAUGUUUGACUCACAAUACAAUGGUAAUUUGGAAGCUCUGUGGGGAGAUUCCUCUCUAAUGGCAAAGUCUGCCAUCUUUAAUGGUGUUAUCUUCAAGACACUGGUGGAUAUACCUGGCCACAAAUACCAGGCCGAUCUUGAAUACACUGAAGGAGUCAGUGAGAUACCAGACUUUGACUUUACACUAGCUAUACAAGAUGAAGAUGUUCUCAUUGUCAAUACUACGACUACUUCUUUGUAUCCCAUACUUGAUGUACAGCUCACCUUCCAGGUACUAGCAGAUCCAGGAGCUCAAAUGCAGACUGGAUUGGUGAAUGUGACCAUGGACUUGUCUCAAGUCGAAGACUUUACCUUCUUAGGAUCUGUAAAAUUUCUUUCAGACUUUGCAGGUUUUGAAAAUUAUGGGCUUCAUGUUGAAACUAACGUCAAUCUUGAUUACAAUAAGUGGGAUGUAGGAUUUGACAUCAAACUGUAUGCCAAUACAGUGACUUACAAUUUAAAUAUGAGUGGUUCUCUUGCUUUAAAUGAUCUGCCCCAUCUCAAGUACAAGAUGGCAUAUGGCAUGGAUUUUAAUGACCAUCUCCUUGACCAAAAGGAAGUAAAUUUCAUGUUUGGGAUUCACCAAUACGGCAGUUAUCAGACGAAUGUUACUCUUGUACUUGGUAAUAAUAUACCUCAGUGGGCUAUGUUUAUGUCCUACAACGACACCGGAAAAGACAUCAAGGGCUAUGUUAUUCCAGGAGAUGAUAACAAGUACGAGGUGGCUGCCAGCCUUAAUGGUGAUAAUUUGGUCUUUAACAGUCAAAGAGUUGCUGAUGAUGGAUCGACUUUUAUAGCUGCAGAAGGCAAAAUUACCUGGGAUGUCAACAACCCUAGAAAACAAAUAACACUCACCAUGAAUUCUGAUAUUGAAGCCAUUAAAGAAGUAUCUGGCGAUAUCCUCAUCACAGAGAGUCGUGGCUUUGAAGUCAAUGCAAAUUUCAUGCUAAAUCAACAGAAAUUUAUUUCCAACCUUCGGCAUGAGGCUCGUGGUUCAGGUAAUUCUGGGAGGGCUGUAUUGGUUGCAGAAAAUACAAUCUUUCUUGAGUUUAAGUUUGAAGCCAACUUCGAGUUCUUCUUCACAGAUGAAGAAUUUAAAGCAGAUUUAAAGAUAAAUGUGAAUGAUGAUGGAUACUUUAUCAAAUCACACAUGAAGGCCAGUUUAGAAGAGUCUUACAUUCGAAUUGAAAUGCCAAUUGAAGACUGGGAAAACAUAGAUCUGACAGUAAAUAUCAUGACAGAUGAAUCCUACAGGGUAGUCAUAAAAAUGAAAGUCCCUAAGUUCUGUUUCAACUUUGAUGGGAAACUUGACCAACUGUUUCUGCAUGCGAGUGUGAAUAUUAACAUACUCGAAAACUGUUCCGCCACUGCCAUUUUUGAAUUCAACAUGAAAUAUGAGGUGAAGGACAAUCUUAUCACAGUGUUUUCAGACUGUUAUAUACAAGGUAUUGGCCUCUUCUUCACAAUAGAAGGAGAAUGUAAAAUUGCAGUGGGCGAAUAUGAUGUCGUGAUAAAGGGUGAGUUUUACCCGGAAUAUUCACUGGGCUUAGAAUUUUCUUGGUUAUUUAAAGAAGAUGAAUUUGGAUUGAAAUUACAUGUGUACGAAAUCUCCACAGACACCACAUAUUUUCUGUUCAACAGCAAUUUCUCCUUCUUGAGGUCUGAAAUUACCUUCAAAGUUCUGGAAGAGCAGAAGCUUGAACUAAAGGCAGAGUAUGAUAUUCAGCCAACUCAGAUAAUUCUGGAAGCUUCUUAUGAUUACAGUUUAUUUGGACAAUCACUUGCGGGAAAACUGACUGGGGAAGCUAGCUUCAAAGAAACCUUCGGUGAUAUAGAGAUUCUUUUCUCCACAGACUCUGCAUUUGGCCAGGCAAAUCUCGAAGUCGGCUAUGAUUUCAGGAAUGAAGUCAAAAUGGGACAUCUCAGACUAACAACAUCAAAUGGUGAUGCAGAUGGCAAGCUUCAGCUUCAGACGAAUGACCAGGGAUUAAGAUUAACAUUUGAUAUGUCAUCAAGUCUUCAUUCAUUCCAGAAGUAUCACUUUGAUGCCCAUUUUGAGAAUAAAAUUAAUGGUAAUACUCUGAACAUUUAUAGCAGCCAAGACGACAUGAAAUACAACUUUACAAGCUCAGUUUCAGCAACUGAAGAUGGUUUCAUGGGAGGCAUUACUUUCCAUAUGCCCUUCGAAAUCCUGGAAAUGUUUGAAGUAGAUUUCAGUCUUCCUCUUUCUGAAGUGUCGGAAAGAAAAUAUGUGGCCAUGGUCAGUGGUGUGACAGCUGGAGAAUAUUAUGGACUGGGCGUGAAACAUAGUCACCAAGAAAACUGGAAGCAGCAAAAAACAGAACUUAAUUUCAUUACACCAGCGAAGACCGUAAGUAACUUCACAGCUUUCAUAGAGUAUGACUUUGAUGGCAAGGCAGCACUUUAUGUAAACGGCACCAGAGGAUGCUUAGGACUGGACACAAACUGGCAAAACUCUGAUGUUCUGUUUGCAUUCGAAGUCCAUUCUUAUCUGACUCUGCUUGGCCUUGGUGAGCACAUAGUCAGUGUAGAUAUUCCACUCGAUUUCUCACAGAGGGGAGAGUUCCGUAUUACAGCUCAAAAAACAAAUUAUGACUUCGCGACCGCACUGAUAAUUGGAGAAAAUUUCAAAUAUGGGAAUGUAACCUUCAUGAUUCUACCUGAAGCAGAAGAACCUGUAAAGAGAGUUUAUGACCUUAACUAUGAAUACAAUAACCAGUUCUACCUGAAUGGCCAGUUUGAUGAGUGGAAAGUCUCAACCAGAUGGGAUUUCACGGGAGACCAAAUAUCUGCAUUAUCUGGAAAUGUCAAAAUUCAAACCAACUUUCCGGAGUAUGAGUUGAUUAAUGGAUACUGGGAUAUACAUCAGAAAGACAGCAUAUAUUCCUUACAAUUUAAAUUUGACAUGAAACAAAAGGGAAUAAUAUUUCUUUCUUCGGGCUUUGAUAAUCAUCCUCGAGGUAGUUCUGCGCCCUGGAGAGGUAUAAAACUAGACCUGCUCUUUGAUUCCCCAUUCACACUGACCCAUACGCUCCGCGCACAAUACCAUGCCAACCCUCUUAAAGUGUCAGCUACCUACAAACAUGGCUUUGACACAUUCCAGGUUGACUUCACAACUAAUUUCCAGAACAACGAGGGCACAGUUGGCUUGACUGGAAACAUCCCAGUGCCAGGAAUCUCAGUCUUCAAAGUCGAUCUCAAGUACAAAUUUUCUGAUAAAUCUCAAAAUGUUGUUAAGUUCAAGGCAAAAAUUGAGGAAACAAAUUUAGAAGUCAAUGGCAAAGCCAAAAUGGAUUGGAGUAAUGGCAUAAUAGAGGCAACAGCUGUUUCUCCCUUCUUCAGUCCAGGGAGAGCUGAAUUUACCUGGUCUACUGAAAAGACUCGGGUCACUUACUGGGCCAUGUUAGAGUACAAACAACAAGAAAUUAAAGUCAAAAUGGCCCUGGAACAAACAAGCAGACUGGUGAAAUUAGACAUUUUUGUUUCAACCCCAUUUGAGGGAUGGAAGAACAUCAAAGUCCACAUAGGAUACUCUUGGUUACCCUCUGCAUUCACAUUUACAAGUGUGUUAACCAAGGAAAAAAUGCAGAUCUAUAACAUCAAAUCAUCAUUUUUGUUCAGCAAGGAGAAAGUGGCAUUUAGUAUUGAGGGAUCUUUUGAACCUCUGAAAACUUCGGGAUUAUUGAUAUUUGAGUUUACUAGUACUGAAAAUGCUUAUGAAAUUAAAUUCCAAGAGCAGCUGAAUGAAUAUAAAGUUUUGGAAUUUCAUUUUGAAUUUGAUGAAUAUCACCUGGAAUGUGAACUAAAGUAUGGAAGUUUAAAAAUACUAGAAAUGAUUUUUGAUUACUACAAAGCAGAAGUCUUCUUUACAUGGGACAAAGGACAAUAUUUAAAUGUCAAAGUCAUUCAUCCAAGUCCAAGUAAUGCCCUUGAAAUUAACUUUCUGUUGAAAAUCUCGGAUAACCGGCCAGUGAGCGUACAGAUAACUCAUACGUUAGGUCAAAAUGUAAGCAUGAUUCUUGCUUUUGGUGAGAGGAAAUACACAUUGACUGGAAAGAUGAAUGUUGAUAAUAGAAAGUUACUGAUAUCUAUCAUAUUUGAAUCUUCUGAGGAUGUUGAUAAUCCAAUUACCAUUGAGGCUAUGUUCGAUUUAACUGACUUUGUAAGAGGUAAGAUGAAAGCAGUGAAAGAAAUAGCAAAGAUCAGCCUAGAUUGGGGCGGCAAAAUAGAAUUGUCUCUCUCAGGACUGCGACAGAAAAAUGCAAUUAAGAUUGCAUUGGACCUCACGACUCCGUAUGAAAUUCUACCAAAACUGCAUCUGAGCUUUGAAGUUGGCCAAAAGCGCAAGCAAAAUUCCCUGGAGGUAAAUUACGAACUGUCUUGUGAAUGGUCAGAAAAAAUUGAGGUCUCAGGUUCACUGAAGUAUAAGAGUGAUGACUUUUUGUUAAAGAAUGAGGUACAGACAACUUUCCCAAUAGUUGAAAAACUUGACUCUAAACUCUUGCUGAAGCCAAAGUACUUUGAGAUUACUACUGAUCUGAAUGGAGAUGAAUGGAAGUUGUCCAUACGUGAGUACUCUUUCUCUCUACCAUUCUCACUAAAAGUGGACAUCAAGACCCCCCUGGAAGGUUAUGAAAGUUUGUCUUUAAUGAGCUCCGUAAAACUAAAAAAUGGGGAACUUGAUUCUGAGAUCACAUUUAACUGGCCUGAAGAGAAAGUUAUCACUUUGAAAAUCCAAGCAGAGAUGUGGAACUUAAAGGUCAAGCUGAAUACUCCUUGGACACCCUUGAGGGAAGUUAUUUUCAUUGCUUCUUUAAGGACCGAGAGUGAGGAAGUGUCAUCUAAAGUGACACUCCAGUGGGAUGGCAGUAAGGUAGAAAUGACCUCUGAUAUGACUCCCAAGGAAGCUCAGAUUGUUGGGAAAUAUAAUAAUGGUCAAACUGAGGUAGCAUCUGUUAGACUUGAGUACAUCAACAAAGGCAAUAAUCUGGAAUUUGGGGUUGUUGUAGAGACCAUAUAUGAUAUCCUAAAAUUGUUUAGGACAAAUUUCCAGUUGGGGCCCCAGGGAAUCUCCCUUGAAGUAUUGAUUAACGAUGUGAUGAGCCGUUUCAAGGGAAGUUACUCUGAAGGUGCAAUUAAAUUUAUCUUAGACAUUCCCUUCUUAUAUGAUUUUCAGUGGAACUUAGAGGCUAAGCAAGAUUGGACAAAACUAGAUACGUAUUCAACUAUGACAUACCCAAAAGGAACCACACCAUAUAACAUUACGCUUAAUUAUGCCUUGCAAACGUCGUCACUCAUGGUAAUGUUUGAUAUUGAUGGAGAUGAAAAGAUUAUGUCUCUUGGUAUAGAUGUGUCAGAUACUUGGAAGUUUGUCAUUGUAUACUUUGGAAGUCAGAUUGAGACAACCAUCAACCCAAAUGUUAAUGAUGUCAUGAGCCUCAGAUUUGAAUCAACAGACUUUAAUUUAGAAGUAGUGACUGUAAAUAUAAGUGUUGAUUAUGGUGAAUUUGUGAAUGUUUCAAGCAUCGUAACUACUGAUUUCAGAAACAUGAAUGUCUCUAGUCAUGUAAUGAAUAUAUCUUAUACCAUGCAAAAAGAAAGUUUUGUCUUUGGUACUGUACUUACCAGCAGUUACAUUGAUGGCUCAUAUAAACUUGACACCAUUAUACCCAUGAGGAAUAUUCUGGUUGAAAAAGGGAAAGCUGUUCUGUCUCUGUUUGUUGGAGAGCAGAAGUACAUAGUCUCAUAUGUGAAUGAUAACCCUGUUGAUAUGGCAUCCAACAGAAAUUUGAGGAUUGAAUUCCCAGAAUGGACAGCAGAUUUCUCCACUGAGGUAACUGAAGAUUCCUUUACCAUGGUAUUCUCUUACCCGGGGCCUUCCACUAAACAUGAGCUGGCCAUCAUGUGGCCUGAAACUUCAGGUGCUGAAAAUAUCUUACUUACGGCAGAGCUCAAUUCACCAUACUUGGGUGAAGAUCCUGCUAAGUUUAACCUGAAGUUUGUCGUUUUAGAUGAGCUGCACUUUACAUUUGACUCUGAAUUUUCACACGGAACCAAACAAAUUGAUAUGGAAGGGGAACUGCGGUACAAUGACAAUUUGAAAGAACUCAUUUAUAACACAAAAAUUAGAUCAGACUGGAUUGGAGACUAUUCUGUCGAUGUUAAUGUCCACUGGAUUAUGAAUAUUGUUUUGGAUGCAACUCUAAAAAUCUAUGGAGAGAAGCAUAAUUUUAACCUCAAAAUUGAUCCAGAUAUUCAUGAGGCAUCUGCAAAAGCCAGUUCUUCAUGGAUUCCCUAUAGGAACAUGGAAUUCAUGGGCAGCCUUGGAAAGGACUUGACGCCAUCCAACAUGGAUAUUAAGGGUAAGCUCAGUCUGGGUGAUGGUGAGAUUCUUGUAGAGGGAAGAUUCCAGAAUGAUGGAAUAGAAAGUCUUAAAGCCCAUUUAAAUAUGACACACAAUAUGAAUGAAAUAUUCAAAGCAGUUUUAGACUUUGACAGUAGUGUAUAUGUAACUAGUUUAAAUUUUACUGUGACAAGCAUUGUUCCCGAAAUGAACACAGUAUUGACGGCACAGUACGAAAAUUAUGGAUCCAAGCAAGUUCGCGUCGAUGUUCAAGGCUUUCUAGCAAUAUAUAAUGAGUUGAAUCUAUAUAUUAGAAUUGGAGAUAACUGGUAUAAUUCACUCAAAGUAUAUUUUAGUAUUCAGCAUCUUUUUUCUUUAGAGUAUCAUUUAUCAACUGAUCCUGAUUUUCUUACUUCAUUUAGAUUUGAAUCAGACAACACUGUAAUACAUGCAAAUGCUGAUUACAAUGUUAGUUAUGAUAACCUUUUCUCGAUGACAAUUGAUCAUUCACUGCUACCCUUAGAAUUUGUACAAGUCCACAUCCCUUGGCCACUGUUACUUGAAGAUACACAGAUUCAUAUUUCAUUUGUUUACGAUGCAGAAUUCACCAUGUUCGAAGCUUCUAGGAAUGUGGAUUGGGAUUGUUUGGUCACUGUUAUCACGCCAUUUAAAAGCUAUGAAAAAUUCGUUUUCAAGUUCUUACUCCCUAGAGGUGACUUAGCCUUUGUUGCAAUGAUAGAACAUCCAGGUGGGAAACUGGGUGUAGAAGCUGUGUAUAGAUCAUUUUAUAGUACCAAGUUAGUCGUAUCCCUACCUCUGGAAAAGUAUGACAUCAUAGCUUUCCAAUAUAAUAUAGUAGAUGGGAAUCAUCGGAUAGUAGAAGCACGAGUUGGUAAAGUUGGCUUCACAGUGUCUUUUCAGAUCUUGCCUCAAAAUCCCUUUACAUGCAUAGAAAUGGUCUUGCGGCUGAAUGAGAUGAGUGUUCAAGGCUACGUAAUAGAUAGACAUAGUUCGAAAAGAUAUGGAAUAGAAUUACAUCUCGAAUUUGAAUCCAUAGAUAUUUUAAGUAUACACACACUAGAUAUGCAGCUCGUCAGAGUUGUUAAUGAAAUGGAUAUAUUUAUUUUGAAAACUGAUUUAGAGGAAUUAAUCAAAUUGCAGAUAGCUAAAGGAAAAGAAAAUAUAUUUGCUCUUACAACGCCCAAAAGUUUCCCAGUCUUUUUAGUGGUUAACUUGCAAAAUUCUGGAAAAGUUAACGAAUGCCGUAUGAAGGUGGGUGUAUCUCUGGGCCCAGAUCCAGACUUUGAAAAUUACGGAUUCCACAUUCGUCAAGAGUCCUUAGAGGGAGGUCAUCAUAUCUCCCUUUCUGGUGAUGCUGCCGAAAAUAGCUUCUAUGCCGAGGGUACCUUGUCCUUAAAUUACUAUCACUUCAACGAAAGCCUGAUCUUUGAACUUAACAAGAACAGACUUGGUUACAGAUCCACCUUCGAGGCACAUCCUGGAAUCUUAAAGGACGAAUAUAAUGGCAAUAUUGAGGUGAUGCUGCCUGGGCAGACUUUACACUGGAACAUGUUUGCACUUUGUGGCUCAAAAGAUGUUGCUCUACAGUCAAAAUUUACCUGGAAUGAACUUGCUGAAGAGGUUGGAGCUAUGAAUUUUAUGGUCAAUUACAAUGACAAUACAAUAUUUGGACAAGGGGAACAUCACAUGAAGAUUGUUUUCAUGCAUCCAGAUAUCAAAGACAUUAUCUUUGAGGGCAACAUUACCCAGUACGAGGACUUCACCGUUUCUGGCAUGGCUGAAUUCCUUGACAAAAACAUUCCAGAAAUGAAUAUCACUUUGGCCUUUGAUAUGUAUCCUGUCAUGGAUGAUGGAAAACAACACUUUACAGGCAACAUAUCUCAGCUGUCAUCUGGACUUUUGGCAGUGAUUGAUACCAAAGUUAUGAACACACCCUCUGUAAGGCUAGGUGAUUAUUCAGUCAAAUACUGGAGCCUUACCAAGGAGUCCUGGGAGGAACUGCAUUUGUCAACUGCCCUUAAUACGACAGAAGAAGCAUAUGAUUUUGCACUGGAUAUCUCUACAUCAGAUGAUGACUGGGGAUAUGCCUAUAGAGGUGGUAUUUACUCAUGGGAUGAAUCAGGUGCCUUUUUGUUGGGUGGGAGUUCGAAGAAAUAUCAAGACUUCUGGGAAAUCGAAUCGAAGAUCAAUAAAUACUUGCCAGAAUUCAAGUUGCAACUGGGUGUCGGCCAGGGAGAGCAAGAGCCCUACGAACAAGGAAGGCUAAGGAUAGGCUUACAUAACCCACUCGAGAUGGGAGCUGUUUUAGACCACAGGAAAUUCGGGGAGUGGCGGCAAGAUGGAACUGUUGGACUGCGUCUGAAGGCGAAAAACGUUCUCCAGUUUGUGCUGGAAUACGAUCCUUCUAUGGACUCCAUGGACGACUAUUUCCUGAAAAACUUGAUUUCUCCAGCUGACCGAAUCUCCGGGAUGUGGUGGCGUGAUCUCAGGGCGACUCCCCAGGCUGUUCAGGAAUGGGUUUUGGCCGAGGGUCCAACUGCCAUAGAAGUUCUUGUUAAUAAGCCUAUACUUUUUAAAUUGCUGGAGAAAGAAGGAGAGAAGCUACAGAUAUUGAUAAGUGAUAUCGACGCCACUCUCACUGAAAUCAGUCUCCUAGCAACUACAAUCUGGACCGAAGAUAUUAAACCAUCACUUGACACCACAUAUAGCUAUGGGAGCGCCAUAUAUGCUCAGACAUCUGAGGCUCUCAGUGGCUUCGUUGCAAUCCUGACAGAGCAGGUAAGCGACUACGGCAGCCAGUUGGCAUUGCUGGUGCUGGAGCAGUGGACGAAGGUGGAAGAAGGCUUCUGGAAUAUCUACAUCCAGUGCGCUACCUGGGGGGCGGAGGUAACGACACAGAUGCUUGAGGUGUUGACGCGCGCUAGCGACACGUUGAUUACCGCCUGGACAACCUGCCUUGAGGCCACGCAAGCUGUUCUCUCUUCGGUGCAAGCUGUGAGCGAACCCGUCUUCAAGGUCCUCUUCGAAACGUUUGCGAAAUACAUCGAAGACCUGGGUGCGGUUUUGGGAGGGCAGUGCGUGCAAGAGCUCAGUACAAGAUUCGCCGAGAUGGUGGCCUCACUGGAACAGGACGUGGGUGGAGGAGCGAGUGUGAUCCUGGAGUUCCUGCAGCCGGAGGAGUACACGAGGCGCCUUCUGCUGUUGCGGGAUGGGCUGGCUGCAUGGGCGCGAGACACCGCCGGGGCUUUGCGAGACGCGGCGGCACAGGCUGGUUCGUCUCUCGGCAACAGCGAGGCAGCGCACGUCGUCGCUACCUUCGGCCGCCUCCUGAACGACGCCCUCGGCCAGAUUCAACACGAAGGACUCCGCGCCUAUAUCCAACAAAGGACAGCCGACUUGCGCACCACAGCGGCGACCAUGGUGGAGGAGGUCCUUCGCGUCUCGAAGGAAGGACUUGAAACUCUCGGCCAGAGCUCUCUUCUCAGGACGAGCUUCCUUCGACCCCUCCAUCAGGCUGCUGAAAGCCUUUACGAAAAUGUGGACACAGCGUGGCGGAAAGGGCGUGCGGGACUGGAAAGGGAGCUCGAGGGCGUGCAGAAAACUCUCUAUCUCCUCGGCUCCAAAGUACAAGCAUAUCUGGAACGCAAGAAUUACUUCCUGAACGAGAUCCUCAUCUACCAACCCUACGACUACGGCAGAAUACGCUACAAUCAGUUCCUUCCUGUUCCUUGGAAAAGCUUCUUGGAUUCUCCUGACUGGGCAGUCCUUACGAGGCUUUUCGUGAAGGAAUCCCCUUCAGCUAAGGCGGAGAGGCUCCUGGAACUGGGAAUGCUGGAACUGGAUUCCGGCUGGCGUCCACUUCCUCCGCCCGGAGUCCUCGUGCCCCUCAGCACAGCGCCUCGGCUCUUCACGGCCACCGCCACGGUCAUGGGCCAACACGUAACGACCUUUGACCUCCACCACUACGAGUUCCUGGGUCCCUGCUCCUACCUGCUCGCCAAGGACUUCAUCGACGGCGACUUCGAGGUGAUAGGCGUGUACGAGAGCGAGUCAGGCGACGUCAGGCUGGAGUCGGUGCUUAUCCGCGCCCCCGGCACUGAUGUCACGCUCCAUGUGGACGGCACGGUUGAUGUCAUCUACGCGGCGGCUCAGAUGGAGAGCGCCGACGGUCGAGCCGAGCUGAGGACGAACGACCUGGAGGUGAUCUGCAGCCGCGAGUUCCAGGGCUGCUCGAUCACCGUCACGUCCAAGUAUUUCGGCAGGCUGGGAGGCAUGCUCGGCAACUUCAACUACGAGCCUUCGGACGACCAGCAGGGCCCCGACGGCACCAAGGUGGGCAGCGUGGGCGGCCUGGCUAGGCUGUGGGCGGUGUCGACGCAAGCAUGCUACCAGGCGAACCAGGCCACCCAGGUGCUCGCCCUCGACGGAGUCACGGGCGUGGACGAGUGCCAGCGGCUGUUCCUCGGAGCCAACAGCAGUCCCUUCGUCACCUGCUUCUCGACAGUGGACCCGCGACCCUACUUCUGGCACUGCGUCAACGACCGCAACCGGCCGCUCCAACGCCAGGGCGCGAGUAAGCGGUCGUGCGACGCGGCCGAGUCGUACCGAGUGAUGUGCGCGACGGAAGGACGCCCCCUGCCCGCUCUCGACGCCUGUCUCGGUCGUGGUACCAGCGAAGACCAAGAUGGAAGCCAGGUAUCGCAGCCAGAUUCCCCGACCUGCAGCACGCCUGACGGACAAGUACCAGUCGGUUGGAGUCGGAGCUUCUGGGGCGCCAAGAACGGCUCGCUGGACGUCGGCCUCGUGGUGGAACUCGCCUCCUGCAACGAGGGGAAGGACUUCGGCCAGAUGCUGAAGGAGGUGGCCAAGAGCUUCAGGAAGGCUGGAUACGAGGACGUCCGCUUCGCCCUGAUGACGUACACGAGCAGCGAGUUGGGUUCUGCUUCGGCCUUCUCUUCCGAGGGCCGCGUGGCGCCGCAGCUGGAGGGCGUCGCGAUGGAGGAUUCGAAGGAUGCGCAUGGUGGCUCAGCGGCAGUCAUGAAAGCGGCGAGAACCAUGCAAUGGCGUCCCGGCGUGGGCCGCGUUCUGCUGCAGGCGUCGUGCCAGCUGUGCGACGACGGCGAGAGCGUGGCUGAGGCCCUGCGGGAGAACGACGUCGUGCUGCACGUCCUCUCGAGACUGACGGUGACCCUCGAGGGCCCCGAGACGGCCGAGAGCAAGACCUUGGCCUGGCGUAUCUUCGGCUACGACAAGGACCUGGUCUACACGUCGUCGGACUACAGAACAUUCCAAGGAGACGCCGGCCAGAGGGAGCUUCUCGAGGAACACGGGGAAUCCUGCCUAGACACGGUGCAGGAUGCAGGGGGAGCCGUCUUCAACAGCAACAGAUGGAUACCCAAGAAGGCAGGCCUGACGAGGAAGUUCCUGAGUGUCCUGAGUCAGCGUCUGGCCACCGACGUUCCCGAGCCGCGCUGUCACCAGUGUCGAUGCCUCGCGGACGAAGACCAGGCCAGGCUCAGCUGCAGACGCUGUGGGGAGGAGCCGGAAAUCAACGCAGUGAUGGAAAAGAUCAUUGAAGACUUUAGGGCAGAAUUCCAUACUGAUGAAUCUCCGUUGGCAUGAAAGGAAAUAACAACAACAACAAAAACAACAACAGCAACAAUCAUAUAGCUUACGGAUAAUUGUUAUCGUUCGUGUUACUUUUAAGCUUUUAGAUGUAUAAGAAUAAUGUGUACAGUAUUAUAAGGAAGUAAAACAUAAGUAAUAAUCAAUUCA